CAAAUAUUAUUCCAGAAUGGAGCAUACUAAGAUACAAAUAGAGACUAAUGAUCAGUACCAGAUCGAACAGGAUGAAGAUAUCUGGGAAGCAUACACUUGAGGAUUCCUUCCUUCUGAAAGUAUCUACAAAAUCGCUAUUAAAAGUCCUUUGGAAGGACACAAAGAGGUAGUUCGUAUCUUUGAAGAUAGCCAACUUAUAUGCAGGUCUUUGCUUCACCCUCGCUGCCGAGCCUUUAAAGGGCAAAUCACAACUGAAGAUGGUCAAGAUCUGUUAUUUUCUUAUACUAAAGAAUGAGGAUGUCCAACUAUGUGCUGGAGUAGGCCUGAAUAUGAUAUCUUUGACCAUGAAAAUGUUAAAAUAGGACGAAUCAAAAAUGUUUGCAAAUUUUGUGGUAUGGAAAUUCAAAUCUUAGAUGCAAACGACGAUCUCAUUUAUACCAUCAAAUCUUCAAUGUGCCAUUGGGGAGCAGCUUGAGAACCAUUUUGUGGCAAAUGCUGUGCUCUAACUUUUGACAUCCGUGAUGAAAGAAAAGAUGGGGUAAUUACCUCUCAAUUCAAGAAAACUUCCAGAGGCUGCUGGAAAGAGCUUAUGUUCAAUGCAAAUAAAUAUGAACUGCAUAUCCCUCCAACAAUGAAUUAUAAUGAAAGAAUCAUGCUCUGUGUAGGAGUGCAUCAACUUGAUGUUCUUUGGUUUACAAUGAAAUCCCCGAGUAUUUUUUGUAUGCAUCGAUAAUCCUAUUCA